AUGCCCAGCCCCUGUGGGUGCCUGAUCCUGACAGACAGGUCCCUGCCCUAUUCCUGCUCCCCACAGGCUGGGUGCUGUCAGGUGUGGGGUCAGGGUGCACUGGGGCACAGGUUUGGGGUGCCUGUGUGCUCCCUAGCUGGUGCAAUGGGUGCUGUUCUCUCCCCAGCUCUGCUCCUGGCCGUCAGGAUCAACAGCAAGGGCCGGGAGGUGCUGUACCUGGCCAAGGGCGACUCAGUGAAACUGGGCUGCCCCUAUGUCCUCGAGCCUGAAGACAACGGUCCCCAGGGUGUGGGCAUCGAGUGGAUCCAGAUCACACCCGAGCGGACUGGCCCCGAGAAUGUGUUCCUGUCCUACCAGGACCACCACGUCAACUACGGCAGUGGCUCGGGGCUCCAGGACCGGGUGGCUUUUGUGCAAAAUGACCCCAGCCAGUACGACGCCUCCAUCCGCCUGGCUGACCUGCAGGUCUCUGACACUGGCACCUACCAGUGCCGGGUGAAGAAAAACACCGUGGCUGUGCACGAGGUCAUCGUCACUGUGCAAGAGAAGCCAGUCACCCCACAGUGCUGGACCGAGGGGGAGCUGAUAGAAGGGAGCAGCAUCCUGCUGCGGUGCUACAGCCGGGGGGGCACCUCCCCGCUUGCCUACCAGUGGGCCAAGCUGGCUGAUGGCUACGGCGGGGGACGCCUGCCCUCAGGCACCAUCCAAGGACGAGCUCCUGGCGACCUGUUAAUCCGCAGCCUGUCGGAGGUGCAUGCCGGCAUCUACCAGUGCCGCGUCACCAACCGUGUGGGCUACUCUGUGUGCCAGCUCAACCUCAGCCCUUCACCAAGCUGUGCUCCCGCGGCAGGAGGAAGGCAGGCAGGCAUCAUCGUGGGCUCCAUCCUGGGUUCCCUCCUGCUCCUCAGCCUGCUUGGGCUCCUCAUCUGGGCGCUGAUCUGCCGCUACCGUCGGAAGGAGUGCCAGCGGACCUGCAGUGACUGCAGGAGCAGCACAGGUGGCACCAUGACCCGCGCCUGCAACGUCUGCACUCACCACAGCUACUCGCCCCAUGGCAUCAGCUACAUGCAGUGCCAGCACAGCGACGGUGAUGAGCGGGCGGCCGCUCUCAUGUGCAAUGAAGGCAUGCGGCACCAAGUCACCUGCCCAGCAUUGUAACCCCCACACCGGCCCCGUGUCCACCCCCGAUUCGGCUCCACUGGGGGAGCGACCACCAGCCCAGAGCCAGCAGCACCGCCGGGGUCCGGCACCAAGCGGCGCAGGGCUGUGCCGCCAGGGCUCGCCGUGCAAAUUGAAGUCAGGAAUCCAGCUCUCUCCUCCCCCCUGAAACAGCCCCGGCUUCAAGCAAACUUCGUUUGGGUUCAUCAGUCUUGUUGGUUUUCUUUUUUUUUUUUGGCCCCUUUUUUUGUAUGUGUCCCCCACCCCCACCAGCCACCGCCCGGCUUUCAGGGCAGCUCCCAGCCCUGCUCCCGGAGGCAUCCCUUGCUAGCGCAGCAAUAUUUAUUUCUCUCCAGCCCGUCCCCUCGGUGUCAAGCAGGGACGCGGCAGCCCCGAAUCGCCCAAACUGGCUGCCCAGCAGCCUCCUGCCUCUGGCCCGGCGCUGCCAGCGCCCCCACAUUGGCUUCAGCAAUUGGGUGUUAUUCGAGAUGAGAUGCCAUUGGCACCAGGAUUUGCAGUUUGGAACAAGAAAAAACGAAAAGAAAUAAAUUAAAGUGAAUACAGUGCUGUCCUGUCAUGUC